UACUGUCUGUCCGUCACAGGUCAGCUUCGAUUUGACUCUGUGCAAACCCCACGCCAAAUAAAGAGAGAGCCCCCACAGAGUUUGAUGUAGUCCCUCCUCCUCCUCCACAACAAACAAAGAAGACAAGGAAGGAAGCCUCGAUUUGAUCGAUCCAUCUUUGUUCUCAUUCCUUUUAGAAUUUGCAAGAAAGAUGAUUCUGGAGGAGAAAGAUGCAUCCGAUUGGAUCUACAGAGGCGAAGGAGGUGCCAAUCUCGUCCUCGCCUACGCUGCCUCCUCUCCUCUUUUCGUGGGGAAAGUGAUUCGCAUUCAGAAGGCUCCUAAAGCAAACAAGACUCCGAACGGUGUUGCGUCUGUUUUAACAAGCAAUGAGCAGCUUCUGUGGAGGGAACACAAGGAGCUCAUUUCAUCGCCAAACAAGGAAGUCGUUGAACAAAGAUACGUUAAAGAUGUGAUCAUCCCACUCUUGGGUCCUAAACAUAUAGACCCCGGAGUACGCGUUUCUGUGACCAAGGAGUUUCUUGAGUCUGUUGAUAAGAAAGUUACUAAGCAGCGUCCCCCGUGGCGUGUCAAUGCUGCUAAUGUUGAUACUAGUCAUGACUCUGCUCUUAUUUUGAAUGAUCAUUCCCUUUUCUCUCAAGGGGCUACUAGUGGUGGUGGUGACUGCUUAAGUGUUGAAAUAAAGCCCAAAUGCGGAUUUCUCCCAACCUCAAGGUUCAUUAGUGAUGAAAACAAACUCAAAAGAAGCGUCAGCCGUUUCAAAAUGCACCAACUCUUAAAGUUGGAACACAACGAGAUAUCUGAAGUAAGCGAAUAUGAUCCUCUUGAUCUCUUCUCUGGAUCCAGAGAAAGAGUAUCAGAAGCUGUAAACGCCUUAUACUCCAUCCCACAGAACAACUUCCGAGUCUUCUUGAACGGUUCUCUGGUAUUAGGCGGUUCUGGUGAAAGCACAGGAAGAACCAGCCCCGAGACUGCACACGCCUUUGAGGAUGCACUCAAAGGCUUCAUUGAAACAAGCGAUGGUCUUAGAACAAAAGGCUUUCUGCAGCUAGUGUCGGAUACUGUAUAUGAUUCAGGAGUGCUCGAUAAGCUUCUUGAAGUCCAGAAGCUGGACAAGCUAGACACUGAAGGAGCGAUUCAUUGUUAUUACAAUAUAAUCAACCAGCCUUGUCCUAUAUGUAAAGAAGCUGGAACGUUGGAGGAGGAGGAGGAGUCUCUGCACUGUUUACCUUUGGAUGAAAGCUUGAAGAUCGUCAAGGACUAUCUGAUUGCUGCAACUGCUAAGGAUUGUAGUCUUAUGAUCAGUUUUCGAUUGAGGAAUGAACUGGAUUCCGCACCUUCUUGUGAUGCCGUCUGUCUAAAAUCGACCAAUCAGACGUUUGAUUACAAGGUACACUUCAUUGAUUUGAGCUUGAAACCAUUGAAGAGAAUGGAGGCAUACUACAAACUGGAUAACAAGAUAGUUAGCUUCUACACUCGGAAGCAGAAGGGAGAAGAACAAGUCAGCGAUCCAAAACGUUCAGAUAGCUAAAGGUCAUGGAUUGUCUCAUCCACCACGAGUUUGUUUGUUUGUUUAUUUUGUUGUUGUUAAAAGAUGAAAACGAGAAACCCCAAAAGGUGACUGUUAAUUUCACGAAAUACUUGCAUCAAA